AUGCUCACUUUUCGAAUUGUUGUCCUGCCUGGUGAUGGUAUCGGACCUGAGGUUGUUGCUGAGGCCGUUCGAGUGCUUCAAACGGUGUCUGAACUAUCCUCAGAUUUUGAGCUAAAGCUCGAGUCGCACGAAUUUGGUGGUUGUGCUAUCGAUUCCACCGGAGAGCCAUUGCCUCCUUCUACACUCAAAGCAUGUCAAGAGGCGGACGCGAUCCUCAUGGGUUCCAUCGGAGGCCCAAAGUGGGGCGUGAACGCCAAAGUUCGACCUGAACCUGGCCUUCUGGCUCUCCGCAAGACCCUUGGCCUCUAUGCCAACAUUCGUCCAGCGAACCUCGCAUCGGACUCUCUUCUUGAAUACUCACCUCUUCGACCAGAGAUAGCCAAGGGGGUGGACAUGAUCGUUGUUCGUGAACUCAUCGGCGGAGUCUACUUCGGAACUCGUAAAGAACAAGGUGUCGCGCCGGAUGAGGAAGUCGCCUGGGACACCAUGAUCUACAGUGUUCAGGAGGUUCAACGGAUAACGCGUGUGGCUGCUCAAAUAGCCCUUGCUGCGGACCCUCCCCUCGAUAUCCACUCGGUCGACAAGGCCAACGUCCUCGCCAGCUCAAGGCUAUGGAGGAAAGUUGUGACUGAGACCUUGAAAAAUGAGUUCCCACAACUGAAGCUGGACCAUCAACUUGUCGAUUCCGCAGCGAUGUUUAUCGUCUCAAACCCUAAGAAAUUGAACGGCGUGAUUUUGACUGAAAAUUUGUUUGGUGAUAUCCUUUCGGAUCAGUCAAGUGUCAUCCCAGGGUCCCUUGGUCUUCUCCCAUCCGCAUCACUAGCGGGAGCGCCCUCUGCGCCGUCCGCAGAUUUCAAACCAACAUCCGGGAUUUACGAACCAAUCCACGGUUCUGCUCCCGAUAUUGCAGGUCAAGGUAUCGCGAAUCCUAUAGGGACGAUCCUUAGCGCGGCGAUGCUUCUUCGCUACUCGCUUGGGCUAGAAAAGCCGGCGAAAGCUAUCGAGAAUGCUGUGCGCAAGGUACUUGAUCUUCCAGAAGCUGGAGGUUUUGGAUUACGCACGGCUGACCUUGGAGGCAACGUCGGUACCAAAGAGCUGGGAAACCGCAUUGUAGACAUCUUAAAAACGUUACGUUGA